AUGGCGGCCAGAACCACAGGAUGCCUCUCUGAGGCGCUAGCAGCGCUGCGGAUAUCAGCGACCAAGGUCCGUCCUCUCCAAACGAUUCUCCUAUUUGUCGUCUUGCGAUCUCUAAUCAACCCGCAGCCAGCUACCGUUGGCAGAACCUUUACUCGAUCCAUGGCUACCGAGUCGCCAGCCUCCGAUAUCACAAGAUCCACCUCGACACCGCAAAAAAUCAUUCAAUCCUGGAACCCAAGUACGCAGCCACCCCAAUCUCUCCCCAAACUCACCAAGCUAACGACGUACCUGCCAACAGUCAGCACCGUCCCCGUCACCAUCCACAGCUUCCCGGCCCUCGAACCAACCUCCCUCGAGCAAUGGUCCGUUAACCACCUGUACCUGCCGCUGCGGCGAGACCUGCUCUACAGCGCCGUCGUCUUCGAGGGCGACAACACGCGGCAGGGCACCGCCUCGAGCAAGACACGCUACGAGGUGCACGGCUCGCACCGCAAGAUCCGGCCGCAAAAGGGCUCCGGCCGCGCGCGCCUCGGCACCCGCCAGAGCCCGUCCAUCAAGGGCGGCGGCAAGACGUUUGGCCCGCACCCGCGCGACUUCGGCACCAAGCUCAACCGCAAGGUCUACGACAAGGCCUGGCGCACCGCCCUCAGCUACCGCUACCGCCGCGGCGAGCUCGUCGUCUGCGAGGACGGCAUGGAGCUCGCCGUCCCGGAGGACUUUGCCCGCGUCGCCCACCACUUCAAGGACGGCCUGCGCGAGGCCUACCUCGAAAAGUACAUGCGCGGCGUGCUCGCGGCGCUGCGGCUCGGCCGGGCCGACGGCCGCACGCUCUUCGUCACGGGGGAUCGCCGGGACUGGCUGUAUUCCGCCAUGGCGGGGCUCCCGGGCGAGGGACGCGCGCUGGGCCUGCCCGACGUGGAUGUCAAGGACCUGCUCGAGACGGGCAAGGUUGUCAUGGAGAGGAGCGUGCUCAAGGAGAUGAUGGAGCAGCACCAGAGUGAUUUGGUCACCCGCAUUGUGGUUGGCGGUCUGCCGGGAAAGGGGCCUCAAACUGGUGAGAAAGUGUUGUAA